AUGGGUGAUCAAAGCUGGACACCGCCGAGCGGAUACAGUGAUCAGGAGAACGGACCUCUGGGAAUGGAUGGAAGUCUUGAAUGCAGUGGUUUGGAUGAGGACCUCUUCACUGGUAGCCUGGAGUGCAACCACGAUGGUCUGCGCGGCACGAGGUUGGUCGGCUUCAGUGUCGCCUUCAUCGGCAUCACUGUCAUUGCUGAUCACACCUGCGCCCAAAUUGGUACUAGCAGCGUCCUCUUCGCUGCUAGUACCAGAGACGCCCUCGUUGUCAUCAUCACUGUCGACGUCUACAGCCUCGUCAUCUUCUUCACUGCUCGAUUCUUCUUCUUCUGUCAACAGGAGCAACGACCGACAGCCCAAACAUCUAGUAACACUAGCAGUCGCGAGCACGCCACGUUCGGAACCAUCAGGUCCAAGACCGGGGGUUGCAUUGUCGGCGAUCCUGACACUUAUAUCUCCCCCAAGGACUUGCAGUGGGUCUGGGACAACCGAAUCAAAGAUGAAGUUAUGGUGUACAACAACUGGAUCUUAGACCAUCUUGUGGCCAAUAAAGGAACCAUCAACUACUGCAUCCGCUGGGACAGCAGCAGCACCAAACUAACUAAGGAGAUCGCCAAGAAGCUCCAGCCCGUGUUGACUCGUCAACACGCAGCGUGGAAUCGCUGGCUGAUCGGCUACAACUGCUGGCCAUACGACGAGAUCAAGGUGAAUAUUGUGGUUUUUGCUGCGAAGGAAGCCUCGGAAUUAGGCUGGUCGGAUAACUCAAUGGGGAAGCUCUACAUCGGAGACCUGGCCAAAGACGGUUCUCCUCAAUGUCCCGACAAAUGCUAUCGAUCGUUGGAUGGGUCACCCGGGGGAUGGUCGACGUCCAGCGGGUGUGAAGGCAAACCUUUCGAUAUCUCUUUAUGGCCCACGCAAGGUCUUGGCGGCGGCUGGGGGACCUACUGGGGUCAGCAGGUGGAUCUCGACGAUAUGUUGGAACAUCUCGACGACGAUUUUGAGCGUGAUGUUCACGGCGGAGGCGGAGGGGAUGGAGCACGAACUGAGAACAUUGGCGGAGAUGUGGAUACAAGGGGACGUCAACCAAUGGAGGAAAGGAGUGAGCAGCGAACGUGA